AUGCCUAAGGACAAAUAUGAGCCACCCAAUGAAAGAAGGCAGCACAGGAUUAUGCAGAGAAAUGAGGUAGCAGAAGGCAAGCCUUCGAAAUGGUCAGAGCUUGAAAUUUUUGGGUGUGUUCAAAAUUUGAGUAGAAAUUUAUGGAAGGUGGAAUGGUUAACAGUUUUAUACUUGAACAACAAUCAUUUAUCUCAUCUACCAUCACAGAUUGGAAACCUGGUUAACCUGGAGCAUUUAGAUGCCUCGCACAAUUUCAUUAAUGUUAUACCUCCAGAGAUUGGUGACCUUGUCAAUCUAAGGGAGUUGAAAUUAGCCUCCAACAGAAUUAGGGAGCUACCAUGUGAACUUGGGAAGUGUUUCCAGUUACAGACUCUAGGUAAUAUAGCUUACACUCUUUAG